GGUUAUUUGCUUGGUUGUUUGUUUGUUUAUUUACUUAUUUAUUUCAGUGAGGUAAAAAUAAUCGUCUUCUCGUCGAUACAAAAAUAAAUAAAUACCACUUGGACGUACACUACUUCCGCACUCAUUCGCCAGAACUCCGCUUCACGCCAAGCACUUGAAGGAAGCAUUAACGGUGUAACGACGUCUGGCGUGAUGACGCACUCGUUCUCGCGGUCUCAUGCAGCAGCGCCGCCACGGGGUCAGGAGUGACAGCUACAAGUACCUGAUCCCUCUACAUGUGGCCGGGACACCUUUAAAGCCGUCGCCGCUGCUUGUGCACUUCGUCCGCGUUCGGUUUGAACGCGCAGGUCGGUGUUGGCGUUGUUUCAGCGGCUCGCAUGCUGGUUGUAGCGGAGAAGCGGCACCGCGGUGUAACACACGGGCUAGCUGGCUGGCUAAGCCUCUCGGCUAAGACUUACCUGAGCGCGGCAGUGGUGGACACGCUGAGCCGAAGAUGCCUACAUGUCCCAGACAGGGUGUGCAGAGCGUAGAGGACGUGUCGGAGGAUGAGGAAAGCCAGCUCUGUCCUAUCUGCCUGAACCCCCCCAGGCCUGUAGAGCGCGCUGUUCCUGACGCCUGCAACCACGUCUACUGUCUCAGCUGCAUCCUGCGCUGGGCUCAGAUGCUGCAGAUCUGUCCGGUGGACCGCAGGCCUUUCAGCGCCAUCUGUACACAGGACCCUUUUCUGGGAUACGUCGAGAUUCCUGUAAAACCAUCGAACACUUGCGUAUGCAACUCUCAAGACGUCGAGGGGCUGCAAAGUUUGUCAGGGAAGGAAAAAACCAAAACAGACGGGAAGGAGGAAAGAGCCAGCACUGGACGGACAUGUAGAAUAUGUGAUCUCGGUUCCUCUGCACUAAAAAAGGUUGAAGGGGAGACGUGUCGCUCACAGCUGCUCACUCAGCACAGCGAUCAUGGACUUCCAGCCCAGCAGGGGGAGACACUCGGCAUACUCGCCCAAGUCAUUACAGAGACGGCAGUGAUCCCUGAGGAUGAGACUCUGGACGAGGAGUGGAGAGUGUGCUGGAGAAAUCCAACAGAACACCAGUGGCUGUCUGUUCCUAUACCACUUCCUUCUACAUGUAUCCCAAGCAUUCUGUCCAGGCAGUGCCCUCGUGCAGUUCUCCAACACCCCGUAACGCGUUCCUCUCCCUGUUCUCCGGGAUCCGGGUUCCCUGUUCUUUAUGGCAAGGCUUGUGCGGUCACGUGUCCCAAAGGCGAGGGGAGGAAAGGUAAAAGAGGAUCGGGAUCGAAGCGCUCCGUCAAACAGGCCGAGAAUCAUACAAGGCGCUCGUCCCGAACGAGCAAAAGUGGGAAUGAGGAUACUGUAUCCGGACAGUCUCCUCAGUCUGGCUCCGGCUCGUCCUCUCCCUCCGGCAGUGCUUCGAACGACGUGCCCGCUUCUACAAGUAAGCAAAGGCUUGCUAGCAAACAGAAGCCUACCACGAAGAGGAAAGGAGGCAGGAAGAAAGCGGGCACCCGGCAAGCGGCGGUCGAAAACGAGGAACUCAGCGAGGAGGAUGAACAGACGAGUCAAGAGGAACCUGACGGCGAUACGGAGGAGUUGAAGGUGGCGGGGACGAGAGAGGAGACCGAAGAAGACCAGAGUUCCUGUCAAGGGGAUGCAGAUGAAGGUUCGGAUUCUGUUGAUCAGGAUGGGGAGGAACAAAAAAGGAACGUUGAGUCUCCAGUGGAGACCGAGAACAUUUCACCUCAGUGUGAUGAAGAAGGAGAGAACUCAGUCAAGCCAAAGGAUAAUCAGACAUCAUCUCAGGAGGAUCAUUCUUCACAGGACACGUCCGAGAGUGAACAAGCAGCGUGUCUCGAAAAUGAUCUCCACCAGUCCUCUGCUCCAUCUGCUGAGCAGGUGAUGCUAGAGGGACCUAGCAACGCACCAGAGUCCUUAUUGAGCAACAAUAAUUUGACUACUGCAACCGUGAGCUCUUCAGAGGGAACGGAGGAUAAUCCGGAAUCUGAAGCUGAAGUAGAGCCAGUUGAGUGUGGAAAUGUAGCCAGUGAAGCAUGUCAACUUCCUGUGCCUGACAAGAUCUCCACUCUCGAUACAGCUGGAGACUGUUUACAAACUCAAGACACUUCAGUAACUACCGAUCCAAAACAAGAGGUGUCUCUCGACGUUAGCAGUCAGCAGGACAACACCGAGUCUAUACCUAUGGACUGUGACUCUCCUGCUUCAGAGCACACUUCCCUUGCUGCUGAGAUGGUGCUGGAGAUUAACAGUGCUGUUGCUGAACCCCAGAUCUUAUCUGCUGACCAAAUCCUCAUUCAGGACCGAGAGCAGAAGAUUGAGGUACGGGAUAAGUGCGAGCUCUCCAAGGACCAGACGUCUUCAGACAGGAGAGAUGGUCGGCAACGCAAGUCUCGAUUCCACUCGCCCACAACCACCUGGUCCCCUAAAAGUGAGGCCAGAAACGAAAGGUCACAGCGGUCACGGUCCAGAGACCGUAGUCGCAAUGCUGGUUCACCACACCGAAGUCGAGGCCGUGAGCACGACGAGGAACGAGGUGGCUUCAGACGGAAUCGCAGCAGAGAGAGACGGAGCAGGAGACGCUCUCGAAGCCGCUCCAGGUCUCGCUCCAGAUCUCGCUCCAGAUCUCGCUCAAGAUCCAGAAACAGGCCAAAUCAGAGGGGCAUGUCUUCAGAGCGCGGCGAUCAACGGGCACAAUCGCCACGGAAAAGAGACUCUUGGGGAGGGGACGGCCGGAGAUCUGGACGUCCCUUCGUCAACUCCAACAGGAGGAGUAAUCCAGAUAGACCGUUUCCACCGAGGGAGUUCAGCUCUUCAGGUAACGGCAGUCUCUAUCCUCAGGAGAUGUCACCAGAAAGAGGCCAGUCAGAAAACCCACACUGGAUAAAGGAAAGGUCAUGGGUUAAUAACGAUGGCAGGGAACGAGAUCAGCACUCUGAGGAGAACUCUGGUGACACGCCCACAGACCACUGGUCUCGAGGGGGCUGGGGCUCUGAGCAAGGGCGUCCUGCUGGACGAGGUUGGGCCGGUCAGCGGUCCUACGGCCAGUAUGGAGAGUCGGCAGAUAACUGGCGGCAGCAGCGCGGCUCUUUCUCAGGGACAACAAACAACACUGGGAGUGACUCCUACAGUCAGUUCAACGAGAACAGACCAGGAGGGAAGAGGAAAGAGUCCGAGACCUGUGAUACACUUCUGGACCGGUCAGGAUGGUCUGCUGCUUCCAGCUGGGCAGUUCGCCGAACCCUCCCUGCUGACGUACAGAACUACUACUCGCGAAGAGAGAGAGGACCUGGGCCAGGUGGCAGCAUCUGGAACAAACAAGAGGACGAGCAGCCUGCAGCUGGAGUCUCCAAACAAACUGACCUCCCACAGAGUGAGCCGAACACCCACAUACCCAACGAAGCAGUACCUGCCCCUCCGAGUGUACUUCCUCACCAGAUCAAUAUGCUCGGAGUGCUGCGCUACCCAGUGAGUUCUAUGGGCCCUCGAGGCCCUUCUGUGACGGUCCAACCAGCCCCGUUCGCCAUUCCCACCCAGAUACCGGUCCACCUGCACCCAUCUGUCCCCCCUCUUCAGAUGCACACAAUGGCCGUACAGGGUCUGCCUCCACCUCCUCCGCCGCCUCCUCCUGUACAGCAGGGCAGCCUCACCAUCCUGUCCACUGACCCUCUCCCUCAGGUGAUUACAGGUGUGCCUGGAAAAGGUCCGGUGAAGGCAUCGCCCAACAAGGCGGCUCACCAUACCAACAUGGCGCAGCCGUCUUCCACCACACAGCCCUCGUCUCACAGCAGGGUCCACGCAGACAGUUCCAAGAAGGAGAAGAAAUUACAGAUUCAGGAAAAAGCCAUCACCGAGGUGAAAGCAGCCAUUAAGCCAUAUUACCAAAAGAAGGAUAUCACCAAGGAGGAGUACAAAGAGAUUGUACGCAAAGCCGUAGAAAAAGUCUGCCACAGCAAGAGCGGAGAAGUUGACGCCAGUAAAGUGGCGAACCUCGUCAAAGCGUACGUCGACAAGUACAAACACAGUCGCAAGAACAAAACGGACAAGAACUGAGGGAGCCGCCGCUCUGCCGCCCGCACAAGUGCAAUUCCUCCUCCACAGGAGCCCGUGUUCCACCGGCCGUUACGACUGGAGCUUCUUUUCGUAUCUGAGAACAGUAAUGAAGACUUUUCUAUAGAUUGCAUUAUUUUUGUUUAAUUUGGAUUUCAUAUAGUGCACACUGCCCUUUAAUUGCUUUAUUUGUUGUUCUGAUGGGGCUGCUGUAAACAUUCGCUGAGGGCUGGAUAUCACAUCACAUCACACUUUACUCUUAAACAAAACAAUCAUGGUCUGGCUGUUUCCCAGUCCGUGGCAUUGCUCUAAAUGAUUUCAUCAAAUGAACGGAGUGGUACUUCUAUCUUGCUUGUCUCUUCUUCUCUCUCUCUCUCUCUCUCUCUCUCUUUCUGCGUCAAUGACUUUACUGAUGUAACAAUUCAAUUUCUUCUUUACUUUUUUUUUUUAAACUGAACCUAAUCUUAAUCAUCAAUAAAUGUCCAUUGACAAUGUGAUUUUUUUUUUUUUUUGCUAUGGGUGCAGCUGGAGCCAUUUCUAUGUGAAUCCUGGACAUUAGGUGCAGGGAGCCUGUGCACAGAUUUUCAAUUAAAAUAUGAACAGAGCUGUUUUAGUUGUGGGUUAAUGUCUCUUCAGAGUGCUUUCUGUAUCACACAAAUGUAUUUAUUUACCUCCCAGAGCAACAAAAUAAUAAUAAUAUUAACUAAACAAG